GGUUUAAAUGAAAUCAUUGGCCCCCGCUUACUUCUCUCAAUUUUAUUUUCCCAUUAGGAAAGAAGACGACUCAGAUGGAUGUGCGGGAGGAAAUGCACCAGGAAAUCCCAAGCAGGGCGCAAUCAGUCACCAUUAAUGCUCGGAAGGAUGAAAGCUACUUGAAGAAAUACAGCCACUUAUGGACGGACGGUAAAAUUGAAUUCAUGAAGCAGUGCCUUCUCCAUGGGCGAUUUCUCAGAGCUGAAGCCCCAGAAUUGCACGCUGGCUGUGAGUGUCAGGCUUCCCCUCCGCAGUUAGCACACUUUAAAGAACAGGUCUUGGAACUCAUAACCUUCUUGACUCAGCCUUCUAAGUGCUGAAAUUAGAGAUGUGUGCCACCGGUCCCAGAUAAAACGUCGUUCAAAAACUUUUAAGCGGGCUGGAG